AUGGACAAGACAAAGUCCCAGCAGGUGAAGCAUACUUCGAUAAAGUCGUUCUUCAAGCCUAGAAUAAAGAGCGAGCCAAAUUCGCAGGAAAGUACCGGAGAUUUGCCAAAGUACGCAUCACUUUUUGAUAAAGAGACUGAAACAACCCUAAAGGAUGAUGUUUACGACUCACAAAACAGCAUAAAGGGGGAAUAUGACGAAAAGGUUACCCCUAGAGAAUCUCUCUACGAUAACCUCUAUAUCAAGGAAGAAACCACGAUACCAGAGGCUGAUGCUCAGCCAACUGGAAACGGGAUAACGGACCUCUUCUUUGAUGACGAAUCGCCAGGCCCACGUAAAAGAGUACUCGUUUUUGACGAAGCAGAUCUACCCAAAACCCUAAAGAUCGAGUUAACUGAUGACGGGAAGAACGCUUCGGCUGAAAAGACCCACAAAGACAUCCUUGAGGACUCUUUGGACAAUCCUAAAUUUACACACAAAAAGGACCCGGAUGAUGAGACAAUAGACGACUUGUUCAAAAGCACUUUUGGCAGGAGCAGUGUAGAAGAGUACUACAGUUUAAAUACAGAUGAUGACCAUUUAACACCUGAAGAAGAGGAGGAUAGCAUAAACACAUUUGAGUAUGACGAAAAUAGAAAGGUAGAUAAUGAAAAUCUGACUGUCGGUAAUCAAAAAUACGAACCAGCCGAAGACCAUAUAGAUGAUAGGGAGCGUGAAAAAUACAUGACAUGCAAAGCCAGUACAGAUUCUCGUGGAUUCAAAGAGUAUGUGGAAAAUUAUUACCGAUACAGAAUAUCAUUUUUAUUUCCUCCGUGGAUCGACCCUAGUAAUAUAAAAGAUAUUGAUGGAAAUAGACCUACCGACGAAAAUUAUAAUCCAAGCACUCUUUGGAUACCUCCAAAAGGCCAUAAAUGGGCUACGGAAUUCAAAAGUUGUCAUUAUACCGAGUGCAUGCAGCAGUGGUGGAAACUGAAGCAGUCACAUUUUGACUCCCUUUUAUUUUUCAAGAUGGGAAAAUUUUACGAGUUAUUCUACCACGACGCGUGCAUUAUCCAAAGCUUGUGCAGCUUGCGCUGGAUGGGCUCUGAGACAAAGCCACAUGUAGGUUUCCCCGAAAAGAGCCUCCAUACUUAUGCAUCAACAUGUGUAGAUGCAGGAUACAAGGUAGUUGUUAUAGAGCAAACUGAAACACCUCAACAAUUGGAGCAGAGAAACAAAACAGAAGGAACAUCGGACAAGGCUGUUAAGAGGGAUAUUUGUGAAAUUAUUACACCUGGUACCAUUACCAGACCAGAAAUGCUUGGAAAACAAAGUAGGCCUUUGGUAUUUAUAUCCGAGGAUGAGGAUUCUACGGGAGAAUAUCUCGCUUUAUUAUCCAUUGAUGUAUCUAUGAGCAAAAUACGCUAUGGCGUAAUCAGAAAAACUAGAGAUUGGUCUGGAUUGAAAACAACGCUUAUACAUUUGUGUCCAGCGGAAGUUGUUGUUCAGAAGGCGUUAAUGGCAGAUGCCAGCCUAUUACACAGUAUAAGGACGCUUCCAUAUCCUCCAGAGAUAACAACCCACAUGAAUACAGAUGUACAAGAAUCACUACUGCUAUCCAGACUCCCACAAACCGAUUACGUAUCAACAUGUAAACCGGUGAUAUUUCUCUCUGAAUCUUACCUAAGAUGUAUACUGCUGGACAAGCUUAUAGAAUAUUGUUCUAUAGAGCCAAUUGAAUUUUCUGAGGUGGACGCAAUGAAUUUAGAUGCAUCUGCGUUGACACAUUUGGAGCUAUUCUUGUCACAGGAGGGAACUGUUCAAAACUCCCUCUUCAAGUACUUGAACAAAACUGCAACUGCCUUUGGGGAGAGGUUGUUGCGUACAUGGCUUCUUAGUCCUCUUGUUAAUAUUGAAUCGAUCAACCAGAGAAGUGAGUGUGUGACGUUUUUAAUGGAACACAAUUCCUUUUCUGCUAGUUUACAACAACAACUUAAGGCAUUUCCUGAUUUAGAACGUGCGCUGGGCAAAAUUUUGAACACAGCUGCAAAUUAUUAUAAAAAGGCAGUUUACUUUGACGAUGGGAUAUUUUCCAAACUUCAUGAACUACACACUUUGCUUACACGAUUCGAGAGACUAGAGGACAUUUUACUUGAUUUUCUGCAUCAAUGCAUAUCUCACUUUUCUCCUGAAUUCAAAUCAGAUUUCAUUCAAAAAGUUUCGGAUGAAUUCGUAUCGUGUACCGAAGAUUGUGCAAAGUUUAAGAAUAUGAUGCAGAUUACAGGUGUGAAGACGUGCAGAAGUGCCACCGGUUCAUGGGCAAAAUCCGAAUCUAUACAAGAGGAGAUUGAUAAAGUAAUGACUAAAUUGGACGAUAUUUUGAAGAAUAUCAAGGAAACAGCUCCAUCUGCAACUUACAUUAAUUGCAAAUUUAGAUUUGAAGUAGAAAUAUCCGAAGCUGAAUUCAAAAGAUACCAGAAAAUUACAAAUAAGGACGUUGAAAUCACAUCUACUCGCAGCGGUUUUGUAAGAAUACGCAAUUCUUCGAUCCUUGAUGCUCUAGAGGAUCUUGAAGAGUUGGAAUUUAAACUAAAGGAAAGUGAAGAAGAAUUUUAUCAGUACAUUGUUAGGGGUAUUCAUGGAAAGAGUUUUAAAUUUUGCAAGCUAGUCCUAGUAGCUUCACAGUUUGACUGUUUGUCUUCGUUGGCCACAGUAGCUAAAAAUUCUCCAGUGCCAAUGUGCAGACCUGUAGUUCAUCCCAAAUCAACAUCAACAUUUUUGGAUAUCAAGGGUUGUACAUAUCCGCUCUUUCAGGUAAAUCCACAUUUGUUUGUUCCAAAUGACAUUUCAAUGGUUGAUUCCAAGGGAAUCAUUGUGAUUACGGGUCCUAAUAUGGGCGGUAAAUCUACACUUUUGAGACAAGUUGCACUGGCUGUAAUUAUGGCCCAAAUCGGGUCAUACGUAACAGCGACAAGUUGCGAGUUCACCGUGGUAGAUUGCAUAUUCACCAGACUUGGUGCAUCGGAUAAUUUAAUGCAGGGGAAAAGCACAUUUUUGGUGGAGCUACAGGACAUAUCGGCACUUUUAUCAAAGGCCACCAAAAACUCUCUUGCACUGGUUGAUGAACUUGGAAGGGGCACGUCGACUUUUGAUGGCACUGCAAUUGCGGUUGCCAGUUUGGAGAAAAUCUCGGAGAUAAAUUGUCGCUGUAUAUUCACUACGCACUUCCAGGACGUAUGCAAGGCUGCUAAGGAGAUGUACAAUGUCGUAAUGUAUCAUAUGGCUGCCAAGAUUGACGAGGAAUCGCAAAAUGUCGAAUUUCUGUACAAACUGAUUGAGGGAAUCUGCCCAGAAUCUCAGGGGUUGCACGUCGCUAAGCUCGCUGGGAUACCUAAAAACGUCAUAGACAUUGCGAGAACCGCAAGUCUCAACUUUUACAAGACGAUGAAGGGAGAAGAUUUGGCCAGGCAGAUACUCCAGGCCCACCAACACAAUAAUGUCAAACUGCUACAGUCUCUGUACAGUAAAUUUUCUAAAAUUUGA